AUGUCGUCGCGUCUGGCUGCCUGUGAGGCCUGUAGAAAGGCUAAAUUGGCUUGCGAUCAUAAACAGCCUGUUUGUACGCGAUGCAGUACCACAAAGGGGAUAUGUAUUUACAGAACCACGCCCUUUAAGCGGAAGAGGGCUGAGAAGCAUAGCCUCGGUUCAGAUGAAUCACCAUCCUUUAAUCCAAGGCGCAAUCCAUAUCCGAACCCAGGGUAUCUUGGGUCGUCCAGCCAUGCCGCCAUCUUCAAGCACAUCACUCCGGACGGAGACCACACUGGAGCUCACCAGGCUAUACCAGAAGCCUUAAACUCGAGCUUAUUUGGCGACAACCAUCUGGUGCUACAAGGUGCAGAUGUUCUCAAACACCUUCUAACGACAUACAACCUACCCGCCAUGAGAGACCUCGUCAUGUUCUGGCUAGCCAAAGGAGCCAAUCUAGCACUAGCAGAGCCUUUCGUCGCGCAAUGCACCCAGAGUGUGAGCCAACUGUUCACAUAUCAUGACGAGAACUGGCAUUUAGUCUAUGCAAGACGUCUCUUGCAUAAUUCAGCCCAGCCGUUGCAAUUCGAUGAAACUUCCGACCUCGCUAGUUUUUCAGCCCAGUUGUUAGAUCACAAUUCUCGCUGGGAAACCCUGGGCAUUUUUUUCGCGGCUGUCACCCGGGCUACCAUCGACAUUGCUUUCUUUCCUUCUCUAUAUACCACCGAGCAAGAACAGUAUACCCUCAGACGAUUAUGCACGAAACUCUGCGACCUCGCAUUGGAGAUAUCCCUCUCACUGGACUGUCUAAACGACCUUCAACUGAUAAUGCAAUACGAGAACUUCAUCGUCCACUCUUACGUCGAUGGAGACCAAAGCUACCACUCCUGGCGCAAACUAGGCGACGCAAUAUCCUCAACUUUCGCCCUGGGCUACCACGAAAACAUAGAAGCAAAACCAGGCAUACCAAAGUUCCUCAAGGAACUCCGCAAAACCGCAUUCGCACGAAUCUACUCCGCAGACAAGAACAUAGCAAUCUUCCUCGGCCGCCCACCACGAAUGAACAAACGUUUCUGCCAUUUCCAAAUCCCAUCAUGCCGAAACGCCCAAAACUCACUAGAGUGGUCAGUCGACGCAGAAGCCGGAUACGGAGCUGACACGCGCUGGUCAGCACUGUGUGCUUCACUCAAAGAGGAGAUAUGGGAGUUACUUCAAGACAAGCAUGACCCAGGAUGCGCACAGCGGGCGAGCAUAAUCCAAACCCAAGCAGCAACCCAAUGGCAAUCCCUUCCGCACCACUUCCGCCUAGAAACCAGCCUAAAACAAUGCACGCAAUCCCCCUUCGAACGAGACUUCAUAGCAAGCGUCCGCCUCCACCACCUCCACGUCCUCUUCCUACACAGCCUCCUCCUCCUUAAAUCACCAACAGAACCCUCAGCAUCAAUAAUCUCCACAGCAGGGCAGAUGCUCACACUCGUCGUUGAGAUCAUUCUGCUACGCGACCAACUUACAAACUCCGGCACAGGCUUAAUCUGGAAAGUGGCGUACUACGGCCUCCCCGCUGCGGGGAUUAUGUUACUCGCCAUGCUGAAGCAGUGUAUUUCUAGAUCUGCGCGCACGCGCGCUGUGCAGGAUCUUAGUGUUUUUGUUGCUGAGGUGCAGAUUGGGACUAUUGUUCGGCCGGGUGAUCCAAAUUUCGCGUUGCUUGAGAAGGCUACGCGGACUAUUCAGCGGUUUUUGGAUUCGGGGGCAGAUUCUGGGGUUGGGGGUGGUGAGGGUGUUGGUGGUGUUGGGGAGGGGGUGAUGAUGAGUGGGCUGGGGGUUUAG